CCUCAUGUGUAGAUUAUAAAAAUAGACACAAACCUAGUUUCUCCAACACUCGCUAUUUAUAACUCAUGCAAUGGCGGCUGUGUUGUCGCUCAGUGGUUCGAAGCAAACUGAAGUCACCUCUGACUGUGUCCCAAGAGGACUGUCACGGAUCGACCUUGCUUGAGACGGUACUUUAGUGAGUACGGAAGGAUAAGGAAGGCGGAUUGCGUGACUGAUAAAGCGCAUGAAGGGAAGCAUUUUAUUUUCAUCCACAACAAAGGAUGUGAGAUAAGAAGAGUCCGAUCGACCUACUGGAGUUAGCUGUACCCAAGGACCCUGCUAUGUGUAUACUACCUCUCCGAUCUGAGGUCACAGUUGGGGAAAUAAAUGCCAUCCCCUUGUUGUGACGCCAUAGUGCCGCUUAACAACGGGACCCUACAGCGCACCACGGUCUGUGUUCAUCUUUGAUUGCCGCAAGGGAAAUUCAGGGAGCUAACCUUUUCUCGGUGCUGUCAGGGGUUCCCGAAACGUGCAUCCACCCGUGCCCGCCAUCGUUCCUACAUGUUGAAAACGAAAGCGAUCCUAAUGUGAUUCAUCGGCACUUCUUGGCGAGAUUUGGAGAAUAUUGUUCUUUUCGUCGAGUUUGAGCUUACACCUCGCCUUCUGGACCUUUGUUUCAACGACGACUGUGUUCUCAACCUGACUCGGCGUUGCUGUGCAGACCUUCACCAGUGAAAGCUGAGUAUUUCCUCUGGUGUUUAAACAUCAAUGGCAAGUGGCAGUCUGCGACUUCUUGUUGUUGGUAACACUAGCAGUGGUAAAACCACAACCAUAAACAGUAUUCUUGGAAAAGGAAACAUUCUUAGUGAAGACUACUUCAGUCGUGAUACCAGUGGAUACCAGUCUGCAGAACGCAGCGGUACUGUAGUAGAGAUUAUUGAACUUCCGAGUCUGGGUGGGACGAAGAUAUCAGAAGAAGAUAUCGCUGAGAAUGUUAUUCAGGCUGUUGCUGGUAUGUAUCCGGGUCCCACGGCCAUUUUGUACGUCAUCGGGAUGCGCAGAUACACGGAGGAAGAUGACAGCUUGUACAAUAGAGUCAAACGUCUCUUUGACGACAGGAUCACUGAGUAUACCAUUAUCAUUUUCACAGGGGGUGACUUGCUAAAACAGGGGAAUAAGAAAAUAGAGGACCUUUUCAAAAUGUCACCCGAGAGCCUUCGAAAGGUCCUGCAAGAGUGCGGCCACCGCUACGUGGUGUUUGACAACAUGGCUGACGACAAACAACCGCAGGUGGACCGUCUGCUGCAGGAGGUGUGCAAACUGAGUGAGGCCCACGGUGGUCAACCUUACAAGUGUCCUAAGUAUUCCUAUAUCGGUGAGAAGAUAGAGAAGGAGCUAGAGAGAAAACUUCUGAUAGUCAAAGCGGAAUUUAUGAGAAAAACUUAUGUGAAAGAGGUGGAGGAAAAGGCCAGGGUAACCAUGGAGAAAGUGGAAAAGGAAAAGAGAGACUUUAAGAAGAAGGAAUAUAACAUAGAAGCCGAGAGAAUGUAUAACGUACAUGAGCUCCAGGAGAUAAUUAAUAAAGAAGAAUACAUGGCUACACUACUGCAGGAGAAAGAGAAGGAAAUACGUAAUAAAAUGAAGCAAGAACGAGACGAAUUCCGAAGAUAUGUGGAAACGUACAAGCAAAUUGAGGUCGAGGAAGCCGGGAAAGAGAUUCAAGGAACAGAGAUACCGCUUGAAGAAAAAAAAGGAUCAAAGGAGGAUCUGAAAGAUCAAAAGAAAAUUGAGGCAAAUCCGUCUUUUUCAUUUUCAGUAAAAUUGGAAGAAAUAGAUAACUGGGCUCAAAGUGCAGACCUCACCCCAGACACAGUCAAACUUCUGAGGAAAGAAGGUUUCACUUCCCUGCCACUACUUCGCCGCCUGACGCCAGAUCUUCUCAUCAAAAGUUUCCAGAAACGCAUUCCCUUAGCUCAGUAUGCGGCUCUUACAGCGGCACUAGAAGACCUGAGACAAGAGUCGUCUACAGUCAAACAAAGUGAACGUCGUGAAAGUGCGACUUCACAUGAGGAAGAAGAAGAUGGUCAUGAAACACUAUUUCAAGGGCUGGGAAAGGUGGUCAGAAACAUUAAAGGCGAAACGCUGACUUUCCUGAUGGUCGGAAAUACUGGAAGUGGGAAGAGCACAACUGGAAAUACCAUUCUAGGAGGAGAAUUCUUCCAGGCCAGUGCAGCAUUUACUCCCGUUACAGCCGUCUGCGAGCUAAAGCGCUCCACCCGUAACGGUGUCACAAUUGAGAUAAUGGACUGCCCUGGUCUGUGUAAUGAAAGUGAAAAAGACGAAUCUGUAGCUACCAUUGUUGUAAGAGCAGUGGGCGGUAUGCAUCCAGGUCCACACGCUAUCCUGUUCUUUGUGAGGAUCGGCCGCUUUACUGAAGAGGAGGAACAUUCCUACACCCUGUUGAUGGCGCUGUUUGAGGAAAGAUUAGCAAAGUACACCAUCGUGGUCUUCACAGGAGGAGAUAAGAUUAGGUCAAGCGAUUCAUUUGAAGAAAUGAUAGCUGCAAACAUAAAGCUGCAGAGUAUCCUAAGAGCCUGUGACUACAGGUAUGUCAUCUUUAACAACAUGACAUCUGACAAGGAGCCUCAGGUAGACAUCCUCCUGCAGAAAGUGCGAGAGCUGGUGGCUAAGAAUGGCGGCGAGCCUUAUACUUGUCCCAAGUACUUUAAAAUAGCUGAAGCUAUAGAAGAGGAGGUCAAGAAAAGGAUGUCAAAAGUGGAAAUUGAAAUCUUUAAAAAGAAGAACUAUGUUCAAGAGCUUGAUACCAAACCAAAACAGGUCAGGGAGGAGCUGGAUAGGGAGAGAACAGAAAUCCAAGAACGAGAAAAGACCCAAAAGCAGAAUGCACAAGAAAAAGAGAAGCUGAGGGAGCAGGUCGAGAGCCUAAACCAGCAGCUGGAGCAUAUGAACACUACAGAAGCCUGGCAACGUUCCUACUACUUUGAUUCAUCAUCAAGUCAGACGAUGCGAUUCAUCCUAAUGGGAAAAACAGGUGGAGAUAAAAGUACAACUGGAAACACCAUUCUUGGAGAAACGCUCUUUGAAGCUGAUCUCAGAUUCAGCUCUGUUACCAGUAACUGCUACUUUCAUGCGAGAAAGCGGCAUGGCAUUACUAUAGAGAUUAUAGACUCACCAGGACUGUGGGACACAAAGAUACCAGAGGAAGACACCGCUAUAAAAGUUGUUCAGGCCGUCGCGUGCAUGCAUCCGGGUCCCACGGCCUUCUUAUACGUCAUCGGGAUCGGCCGUUACACGGAUGAAGAUGAAGGUGUUUACAAAAGAUUCAAAAGUCUGUUUGACGACAGGGUCACUGGGUACACCAUCAUUAUCUUUACACGAGGAGACCUGUUAAAAAAACAUAAUAAGACAAUAGAAGACGUUCUCAGUACGGCGCCCGACGGCCUACGUAAGAUGCUGAGGGAGUGCGGCAACCGCUACGUGGUGUUUGACAACACGGCUGACGACAAACAGCCGCAGGUGGACUGUCUGCUAGAGUUAGUGCGUGAGAUGAGUAGUGCUAACCAGUGGAAACCUUACACGUGCCCUAGGUACGAGUAUGAGCGAAUGAAUCAGGAGGUGGCCAGGAGACUGAGGAAGGUACAGGAAGAGGAGAUGAAGAGGAAGAAGUAUGUACAAGAGCUGAUGGAAAAGGUGAAGCUGGCAGAACAAAAGGCAGAACAAUAGAAAAUAACUUUCGAGAGGAAGAAAGCGGAAAGGGGAGGAUAUGACGAAAAAAGAAGAAGAAAGAGAAGAGAAAAUGGCGGCAUUACAUAAGAUGAUAAAUGAACAGAAACUCAGUCCUGAGAAGAAUAACUGUAGGAAUCUCUCAAACAUAAAGAGUACUAUUCUAAGAUAAAGCAAACAAAAAUGCAUGUUUGCUAGUUUGUCUACUUAAAAAUAAACAAAACACUCGACAAGGUGAACUUUGUGACAGAAAAGAAUAAAUGAUUAAAUCUA